AUGUCCUCCCAAUUCUUGCAGACGGAGAUUGCCAAUUUGAUUCAUGAGUCUCGAAGGAAAAACUCCGAUUUGCGAAAUGCCGCUGAACAAUCGUUGAAUGAGCUCAAAGCACUGCCAUCAACUUCGGAGGCUCAGAUAGCAGCAGGUAAAUUCUAUAUGGCCACCCUCUGUCAGUCCCUAACCGCUAAAUCGCCAUUAGACCUUGUUCGCAAACCGAACUUUGUCGAGCCAUUCAUCAUUGCAUGCCAUACUCGGCAUGCGAAGCUUGCCGGUAUCGGUGUGAUUUGUUUACAGAGACUAAUUGCGUCCCGGUCACUGCCCUCGAGUCGUUUGAAAGAUGUCCUCGGGGGCCUGAAAGAGACAACGAGCUUAAGCCUUGAUAUCCAGCUGAAAAUUCUACAAUCUCUGCCUUCACUUUUGCAGUUUUAUUCCAAUGAAUUGAGUGGGGAGCUUCUUGCGAGUACGUUGGAAAUAUGCGCCACAUUACAGGCAAGCAAAACGAUUGCAGUUUCUAGUACUGCCGCGGCUACUUUCCAACAGCUGGUUGUAUCGACAUUUGAAAGAGUUUCGAGCGAAGACAACCUUCCUAAGGAUACCAAAAUCACCACAACUAUCAAAGUCGAUGGCCAGUCGCUCGAUAUCGGCUACUUUGCCUAUGAUGCACUGCAAGUAUUGGAUGAUCUAUGUCGUCUGAUCGAUGGUGAGCCACUGCAAUUUCUGCGAACACGAACCCUAUCCCCGACUUUUGUGCUCGAGCUUAUCGAGAGUAUUCUCCUAAACAGCGGCCGUCUUUUUGUGGGACAUCCCGAGCUUUCGCAAGUGCUGCGCGUUCGGCUGUUACCACUAGCCGUCCGUUGUCUAUCCGAGAGAUAUUCAUUCGCUCAAACUGUCCGAGUCGCUCGAAUCCUUCUCAUUCUUUUGAAGCGUCAUAUGUCUCUCUUGACUACAGAAUGUGAGAUGGCAUUGAGUCUGAUAACCCAUCUCGUUGAACCGGAUGGGACAGCGCCUUGGAAGCGACUACUCUGCAUGGAAGUUUUCCGAGGGCUAUACUCGGAGCCGGGUGCUGUGCGGUUGAUCUACACUUUGUAUGAUGGCGAGGAAGGCAGAAAGAACAUCCUCCGCGACCACAUGGCUGCGCUUGUUCGGCUAGCUUCAGAGAAGCCUUCGUUGAUUGGGGUCAGCAAUCAAUCAACAGUACCUUCACGCGCGGAGCACUCGAGAUCCACCACAGAGGAUCAAAUAACUCUUGAAACAGGGGGUGUUGCUGGUGUCAUUGGGUCAACUGUUCCUCCAAGUGAAACCAAGGUGCCUGGAAUUAGCACUCAGUGGAGUGUUGUUCGUACGCCAUAUAUCGAUCUCCUCGACAAAACAGAUCCGCCCACACCGCCGGACACUUACAUUUACAGCCUCGUUCUUAAUUGUAUCAGCAGCUUUGCUGAAGGGCUCGCUAAGUUCAUUCUUCCAUUGACGGUACCGGACCUAAAACAAAGACGCAAGAAUCGGCUUAUGAGCCCUGUUCAGGGACCCGACUCCGCCAGGUCUUCUCAAGACUUCACAGCAGAACCCACCCGAGGGCAGUCUACCUCGUCAUCGAGAAAAUCACAUGUUCCCGUCAAUCCUCUGGCCUUGCAGUCUCAUGUACAGUACUCCGCCAUCAAGACUUGUGCGGGGAUAAUAGAGAACUGUUGGCCCGCUGUCCUAGCAGCUUGUUCCAUCUUCUUGCGUGCAUCCUUAGAUGACGAGUAUUACCACAACCUCGUUCGAGCAUUCCAAAAGUUAGCUCAUGUGGCAGGUCUUUUGAGAUUGACUGUUCCCCGAGAUGCUUUCUUGACAACCCUUGGAAAGGCUGCCACGCCUGCGAAUGCGGGUGGUGCCAUGUCAAACAAUGUGUCUGCCACUGGCUCCCAGCAAGGUGACACGCUCCAAAAGAAACGGAGAAGUGCGGAUCUGUCAAAUCCCAUUUCUUUAUCAACCGAGCUCACAGGAACAACUGCGGCGGGGAAGGGCCUCCCGUGUCUUUAA